AUGCUAACUCUACCGCUUUCCAAAGUAUGGAGCCAUUUGUACUCCUUCCCAUUUGAUCCGCAUCCAGACUGGACUCGAGAAUACCCAGGACAGGAAGAAAUCCUCUCGUACCUGAUUCGGGUAGCCCAGAAAUGGGGUCUCUACCAAUACAUCUGCUUCAACACUGAAGUGGAAGCCACAACGUGGAGUGACUCUACUCACCAAUGGGAGACGUCUCUCAAAGUCCUUGGCGGGAAAGCUGCCGAAUAUGCGGCGUCCUACACCGUCACAAGCGACUUUGCCAUAUCGGCAGUCGGCCAGUUGAACGUACCAGGAUAUCCAAACAUCACCGGACUAGAUUUCUUACAGGACAGAAUGAUGUACUCGGCGCGGUGGGAUCCAAAUUAUGACUUGAAGGGCAAAAAGGUAGCCACGAUUGGCAACGGCGCGACCGCAGCGCAGAUCCUACCAGAAAUCGUCAACAUUGCCCAGGGCGUCACCGUCUUCCAGCGAUCGCCAAACUGGAUCAUUCCAUCAGCCGACAAGCCUAUUAGCGAAACAAUGCGAGCGAUAUACAGACAUGCUCCUGGUGUUCGCAGACGGUACCGUGCUUCGCUCACGGAUAUCCACGAGACCCUGUAUGAGUCCAUAGUUGACGUCGCCUCCCUGGUGAAUGACUUGGCAAGGCAGCUGCGUCUCGAUAUGAUGAACAAGCAAAUUCCAGAUAAUGCGGCCUCGAAGAGGAAACUGAGCCCGACUACGCACCCGGUUGCAAGCCCGUCAUCAUCUCGGACGAUUACUUCCCCGCCAUACGUCGGGACAACGGCACGCUUCAGACGAACCUCAUUGACAACAUAUCUCCCGCGGGUAUCACGAGCGUGGGGACGCUCGCGCCUACCUGGGCAUGACGGUUGA